CCGCGUCGCGCCAUCAGGGGGCAGCACAUCCUCAGAGCGCGCAGUGUGUGGCGCUGCAGCGAGCAAAUCGAAACUCUUCAAUGAGUUCACCUUCACUUAAAUAGUUUCUAUCUGUCUCACUGUCUGUCUGCCUGCCUGUCUGUCUGCGUGUCUCUCUCUCCGAGCUCGGAUUGUUCCUCCUCUGCUGUCCCGGACAACAUGAAUGGCUCCGUGCACUCCUCAUCCAGCGCGGUGGACAUCAAGCUGAAGCGCGGGCCAGCAGGCUUAGGAUUCAACAUAGUCGGGGGCGUGGACCAGCAGUAUGUCGUGAAUGACAGCGGCAUAUACGUGUCCAAAAUAAAAGAGGAUGGAGCUGCAGGCCUGGAUGGGAGACUCCAAGAGGGGGACAAGAUCCUGGCGAUAAACGGAGUCGUGCUCGAGGACCGGACACAUAAAGACGCAGUGGAGCUGUUCAGGAGAGCGGGAGAGUACGUGGAGCUCCGUGUUCUGAAGAAGUCGUCUCAUCACAUGAACGGACCCACGGGCUCACAACCCGAUCACGACUCUUCUUCUCCUUCUUCUUCUUCUUCUUCUACUCUGGGAAUACUCGCUGUUUUAGCGGGAGCCGCGGCCAUCUUUGCGUUCAUUUACAUGCGGCACCUUAAGAAGCACUUUUAACCGCCUGUGUAUUUUAUCGUUAAGAUCAAAAACUUUGCUACGAGGCCAAAGAAGUGAAAGAGGGAACAAACUCAUUAUUUAGUUGAUUGUUAGUAGACGCUGAUGAGUUUCUCCGUGUUCAUGUGUGCGUUAUGUGAUUAACGGUAGCUGACUCCCUUCCUAUGCAAAAAGGAUGCUCUCUCUUACCACACAGAUUAUUUUGAAUAGAUAACUUUGUGAUUGUAAAGAACGUACACGUGACAUUCCUGCUGCUGAGCUGAGCUGGGCUGAGCUGAGCUCAGGUAGAAACAAACCUCGAGUCAGACCGUCCUCGAGCUUCAGGGUCCAUUUACAAACUGAAAGACGGCGUUGUGUUCAGUCACUCGUACCUCCCGUCUCUGAAUGGCAGACCUGUCCGAGAGGCCCGCGUGAGAGGGAAGCCGCCGUGCUUUCAGUUUGUCAGUGUCGACCCGGGUUUGAUUUUCAUUUUUUGCAGCCGUUGCACAGAAUCACGGGAGGAGCGGCGUCCUGCUGUGCAGGCUAAAUGCGAUAAUGGACUUUAGAGUGCCUUUUUCCAAGAGUUCAUGUUGCUCCUUAUCGUGAUCAAAAUGAAAAUAAACCCAUUACAUCCAUUGAUUCGCUAAAUUAAAGGAUGUGGCUGCUGAUAAUCGACCUUUUUCUUAUUGUCAACAAGUCUUACUACCUAACAGUGAGUUACUCUCUGACUUCUUUGUUGUUCUCCGUAAAUCUUUAAAAAAAACAAUUCUCACAGAUGUAGUUUCAUGUUUAAAGGCGGGUGUGUGUAGGUUCCUAAAACAGCUGGAUGCAGUCGGUUUCAAACAUUACUCACAGGAGGAGGAGGAGGUGGUGUAUUUGUUGGGGACUAUUUUCAGCUGCGGAUUAAUACACUCACAAGCAGGGAGACGUUUAAAAAAGGUUUGUAAGAUUUAGUGGCACCUAGCGGUGAAGUGACAGAUUGCAACCAAGUGAAUACUCUCCUCUCCUUUCAAGCGAAAAGAAAAGAAGAAAAAGAAGAAAAACUCAGAUAAAAAAGCAAAAAAAUUCUUAUUUUCAGGUGAUUAUAAACUAAUAAAAACACAAUAAUUAAUAUUAUUUUACAUUCCUGCCAAUAGAUCCUCCUAAAUCUGACGCACCGGACCUUUAAGUGUUCAAUUACAGUGCCCGUGUUCAUAGUGAUGGAGGACCGUGACACCAAGUACAAUGUUGUUGUUCAUUUUUUAAAAUAGUUUUUGGACAUUAUUAAGAUUUAUCAGUUCGUUUUGGUCUUUUUUUUUUUUUUUAAGUUGUUGACAAUAAGAAAAAUCUAGAUUAUCACCAAAGUAUCUCGAGUAGUUUCACUUUGGAGAGUUUGUUGUCACACGGUCACUCAGGGUGAACCAUUAAAUCUGUAUCAUACAAAUCAUUUCUUUAAAUAUAAAUAUAAAUAUAUUAUGUGCCGAGCUGCUCGUUGCUUAAUGCUCAGUCACAGCUGAAGAGAUGCUGCCAUGUUUUGUUUUUCGUCCGUCUGGAUAUUUCAAAUAUUCUCCUAAUUUAGUGCUCGUCAUCACGCCGCACCUUCUGCCGAGUGAUCGGUCUUGAAUAUGAAAUAUGGAUGUUAUGAUAAAGGACAUGAGUUGUUUGUUUAUGUGAAAGAUCAGCAGCUCAGUUUUAUUAAAGAGUUGGUAGCUGUCAACUCUAAAUGUUUAUUUUGCACUAGCCACAAUCAUGGAUCUCCUCCAGUAACGGCCAUAGAGCAGGUGAAAGUGAAUUGUGUGCGCCGGGUGUGUCAAGCUGCGUGUGUCUGUAAAUAUGUUUCAUGUCGCUCUGCUGAGUGGGAUUGUGAAUACGUGCAGUUAUGCCAGAAACGUUGAUCAGAAGCACUAAUAAAUUAUACAAACACUGCGUUUUACAUCCAGACACCUACUGUAUUAAAAUUCAUGUUGAAUUCA